CUGAGACGGAGCACGUGACACGGCUCAAGAAAAUCUCGUUACCUUAAGACAUGAAUGUAUGAUGCUUGAGUGCAGUGACAUGUUUCUUUGACAACAACAUGUGUGGAGCACUAACAUGCCCCCUCCCUCCCGAGGGGCGGGAGAGGGGAAGCCCCGCGAGACUGGAUUGUAACAACGCUUUUCUCUCCUGUUGCAGGGAGGCCCAGCAUUCUGUACACGCCAGUAGAGUGUCCGAUAUGUAAACGCCGGUUCUGAUGGCUGGCUGUACCCGUCGUCUCCGCCCGUGAAGCUGCAGCAGCACCAGGGAAGCUGCGACGGGGCGUACCCUCAGCUACUGGCAGGAGGACGUGGCGGUGGCCCCUCUCCGCCCCGCCAGAACACACAUGAUCCCUCAGGAACGUUAACAAUAUCCGGGCUUCCCACAACCCCGCGCCUCGGCACCGCUCACGACCCCUCUCCUGCAGCCGCCGCCUCGCUAUCGGGGAUGCAGGCGCAUCAUCUAAAGUCCCCAACGGCCUCGCAGGGCGUGACGGCGCUCACCACGUCUCCCACCAUCAUGCCCCACCCCACCCCCCCGCGCCCAAACCUCUCGGACGCCCCCGGCACGGCACACCCCAGCCAAGGGCAUCAUGGCACCGGAGAGGCGAGCCCCAUGACUGUCACGGCCCUGGGGACCUUCUCCAGCUCCCAAAAUGUGUAACGCCGCGGAGGAGGUCCUGAGGG